CAGAUGGAGCCCCGGUGAUUUUGCGCAUAUUUGCCGCCGCUUUGGGGGAGUUCGGGAACCCAUUUGGCGGAAUAUCGUCACCGCAGUUGAGCUCCCCUAAUUGGCCCCACUGCUGUGCCACAUGUCCAGCCUCAUCCCCACCCCGCCAUCGCUGUCACUGACGCAGUUGCAUCGACAGACCGAACGUCAACCAAGCUCCCAUCUACCUCGCCGAGCUCCCCGGUCCACCAUCGCAACCGCACCAAGAAACCGCCCGCGUCCCGUCGAACAAAGCAAGACAAUUGCACAAUGUCCAUCAUCCAGCAACACACCAGCGCCACGCUGAGCGAUGCCUGGCGCACGAUCAACAUCGAUGCCUUGACCGAAGACUCCAGCCUCAACUUCGACACCUCGACCCUCCACCCCCCGCAGCCCGAGAUCACCGAGGCCGAGGUGCGACAGCUUGCUGGACAGGUCCGGCAGCUCCUGCGAGGAGGCGAUCCUGAGGGUGCCCUGAGAGGGUGCUUGGAGACCCCCGUCUACAACGGCGACGAAGGUGCAAAGGAUGCCCAUAUGCAAACCAUUAUUGAGGUUCUUCAGUCCAUCAAGGCAAGCGACAUGAGCCCGUUGCUCAAGAGCAUCUACGGAACCGAGGGUGGCAGCGAGUGCCUGGACGUAUUGAUGAAGUACAUUUAUAAGGGUAUGGCGGCUACGGCCCACCCCGGGAACGCAUCGAGGUCGCCGACCAAGGAGUCUUCGCAGGGAUUCAGCCAAGUUGGAGGACGACCCGGCGCAAACGAGCCCGCCACGGCGGCGAUGAGCGUGCUCCUGAGCUGGCAUGAAAAGGUUGUCGAGGUUGCUGGACUGGGCUGCAUUGGACGCACCAUGACGGACUGGCGCCGUGUGUAGAUGUUGGGUGGGAGUUGCUCGAUAUUCAGCCAAAGCAAGGCUACAUAGACUUGACGGAUCCUUCGAAUUUUAAACAUGAAGAAUUCCCCGCAUGCAUG